CAAUUCAAUUUUAAACCUUUAUACCACCAAUUAUGAGAGCACCAACCAUCCUAAGGAGCCUCCCCAUGCGCCACCUUCACCCAAAACCACCGGCCAAGGUCGCACCUUUGCCGCAAAAAACCCGCUUCCACCGGGAACUUGCGGCGGAGCUCAACACCCUCCGCUCACAAGGCGAAAUUGGGCUGGCUCAGUUGCUUGAUGCUGCCAUCACCACACAGAAAAUAGCCUCGGAUUCUCUUGUCAAAAUUUGUUACCAAGACUGUGCCGAUCGUGGUUCUGUUGAUAAGUACCUUGAAGACAACGUUGAGAUUCUUGAUGCAUGCAAUUAUUUCAUGGACAAAAUGGAACACAUCAAUAAGUACGUGGACUCAUUGAGGGUGGUUUUGCAUUUGGCCGAUAGAGGUGGUGCUGCAAAGCCUACGACUCGUGCUUUGGAGCUUUUGGAGUCAUGUGAAAGCAUGGAAAAGAGGUGCAGAGCAAUGGAGAACCACCAUGACUCUUGUUUGAAGAAGAUGUUACGGCAAAAGCUGUGUCAUGAAACCGAACUGAGUGAGGUUAUGUGUGGGUCUAAAGCCAUGGCCUUGAUGUCCUGCAGGUUUCUUGAGCUUGGUCUAUCGUUUGAUAAAAAACGUGGAUUGCCCCUGAUGAAGAUUUCUCAGGCUACGAGUUCUUGGUUGAAGAUGUUGGAGGAGUUGGAAAAUCAAGCAGAAGGGGGUGCUGAGAAGAAGAAGAAGAAGAUGCAGAGAAGGAGAUGUUGGUCAUCUUUGUUGAUGCAGACAGAAGCUGCAGCUAGAGAAUUGAAGGAGCAGAUGAAGGGUAAACGGGAAAAGGAGAUGAAAUAUGCUGUUGAGAGACUCAAGAUAAGCUGCAGGGAACUGGAGCAUGGGGUUGAAAUUAUUGAGGAAAGAGUGAAGACUUUGUAUAAAAGUUUGAUUGAUGUUAGAAUGACUUUGUUGGGGAUUCUUUCCCAGUCUACUACACUGUUUAGAUCCAAUUAGAAUCACUUCUCGAAUCAUGCCACUUUGCUGCUGACAGUUACUCAUGUAUAGAUUCUUUUAUCUAAUACGUAUAUUUACAAUGGAAUUUGUACUGAUCCUAAUUUAUUAUAUAGUUUUUAACUUUUUCUUAUAUUUAAAGUUUGUGUUUUCUCUUA